AGACAUCUGGAAGGAAGAGCGCACCCAACAAAUAUGUACAGUAAAAUACAUGCAAGUGCAAGAAGGCCGAUUACCUUGGACUUCAUAUACAACCAAAGUGAACCUUAUUGAAGUUGUGUUGAAUUGGUGGAAUCACUAUGAGGCGAAUAGGAAUUGUCGGUUAUGGUCAUUUAGGCCAAUAUCUCACCCAAGCCAUUCAAGAGAGUAACGACUUGGAACUGGCUUUUGUCUGGAAUAGAACCAUGGACCUAUUGACCCAAGAGGCCAAGAUACCAUCGGAUCUUGUCAUGAGGGACUUGAGACAAGCUUCGGAAUACAAACCAGAUCUGAUAGUAGAAGUCUCCCAUCCAAGUGUGACAUUUAAGCAUGGCGAAUACUUUCUGCAAGUAUGCGAUUUCAUGAUUGGAUCUCCAACAGCUUUAGCUGAUCCAGCUUUGGAAGCCAAAUUAAAGGCUAAGGCUCUGGAGCAUGGUCAUGGUCUGUAUGUUCCAAGUGGUGCUCUUUGGGGUGGAGAAGAUAUCCGGAAAAUGGCGGACCGCGGCACUUUGAAAGGCUUAUGCGUGACUAUGAGAAAGCAUCCAACUAGUUUCAAGAUCGACGGGCAACUUCGGGCACUCAAUGAACAAGCCAAGGAUGCCUCAGUCACUUUAUACCAUGGCCCAGUGCGGGCAUUGUGCCCCUUGGCUCCUAACAACGUGAACACAAUGGCUGCCGCUGCAAUCGCCGCGCACAACCUUGGGUUUGACGGAGUUCAGGGACGACUGAUAUCCGAUCCAAGUUUAUCCGAUUGGCAUGUCGUGGAAGUGAGUGUGGAAGGUCCGGAAAUGCAUGGACAACGUUUUAAGGUGGACACCAUUCGGCGCAAUCCAGCCGCCAUUGGGGCCGUGAGCGGUUCAGCUACGUAUGCUUCGUUUUUCUCCUCCACUCUUUUGGCUCAUGGCAAAGGGGCAGGUGUGUUUCUUUGCUAGCCGGGUGUGACAAGAUGAAGACGAACGAGGACUCCAACUUAUCAAGUAUCGCCACUCAUUUGAACAUUAACAGAUACUAAACGCAAUUUCAUUAAUGACUGUCGAUGACAAAAUUAAUUUGCUUUAAGUUACAUGCGGAGAUUAUACGAGUUAGUUAAGAGAAAUAGUUUGCACCUUUAAAUUUCAUUGUUCUGCUCUUGUCCUUAUCACAAGUAAUUUGGGGCAUGUUUAUGAAUCUUGUUUUGAAAUAUAGUUAUCAUAUUUUGCUUGUGUUGUA